UUUUUUUUAUUUUAUUGCCUAUUUACAUUCCUUUUUUUUUUCUUGCUUGCGUUUUCAUUCGAUCGAGAUAAUUGAAUAAAGAAAUAACAUCAUGUUGAUCAAAUAUUUUUUAGCAGUAACAUGGCUGCUCUUCUCACCACAUUCUACCUUUGCACAAACUGUAAAAACACCCGGAACUUGUAAUUCAUAUCCCACAAACGCUACUUGCUCCAAUUUUGUGAACUACAGCGUAUUUUUACCUAACAAUAUCAGUCUUGUUCAAGUAGAAAAUCAACUAAAACCAUUAUCACAAUAUGGCGCAAUGUUAUCCAAAGUCACUCCUAGUUGUUUCGAUGCGUAUACACGUUAUGAAUGUUCAAAAGCGUACCCUAAAUGUCAAACAGACACUAAUUCUACAACCGUCAAUGUGUAUACAGCAUGUCUCUCUGUAUGUGAGCAAGCAGUGACUGAAUGCACCGAGUUUUUUGAAAUGGCAGGCUAUUCCAAUCUCUUACCAAACUGUUCAACUGAAAUAACGAGUACAGGUUAUGGACUCCAGCAAGAUGGUGUGUGCAACAAUAUCCCCACCAAAUUAAAUGAAGACCAAAUCAAACAAGGUAAAAUGAAUCUUUCUGCCAUCCCAGCUGGUUUUGUGAUGGCCAGUUGUCCAUCUCCUUUUGUAUCUGAUCCACUUGCUUCAAGUGGUUCAACUGUUGAUGCAAAGUAUUGUCGAUUUGGGUGUUGUGUGCCUUGUCCUGCGCAAUCAUUUUUUUAUAAAGAGAAUUGGGCUACACGAGGAUUUUUAGCAACUGACAUAAUCCGAUUUGUUUCUGCUGUACUUUCAUUAUUUUUAGUUAUCAGCUAUUUGAUCUUACCUGAUAAAAGAAGACAUCCCUCUCUUUUAAUUCUCAACUUAUCUGUCGCCAUCUUUUUACUCAACAUGGUUGUCUUUUUCUCUGUGGGCGAUCCUAAACGUCUUCAGUGUGCAGCAAAUGGCGUUUCACCUGGUGCUAUUGGCAACAAUAACCUAUGUGCAGCACAAGGUGCUAUUUUAAUCUUUGGCUCACUUGCAACAUGUCUUUGGUGUGCCGCUUUGAUUCUAAACUUGCAUGUCCAUACUGUCUGGAACUCUAAUUUUUUCACUAACCGAUACCUUUUGCUCAACAUCAUUUGUUGGGGUAUUCCCGCGAUCAUUAUGGCCAUUGCAUUAGGUUUACAUGCUGUCAAAUUUGAAUUUGCUAACCUGUGCCUGGUCUCGAUGGACUAUAUCUUUCCUGUCUUGUUUUAUCCUUUAGCUGCUAUUGCUUGUCCUGCCUUUAUUAUCCAUAUCGCUACUUUCUUUUAUAUUGCUAAGAUUGCUGUUCGUGAAGGUCUUCAGUCUGAAAUGACACAGUCCUUGUCGAAUGGGACCAUGACAGAUCGUCUUCCUAACGUCAGCCAUAAACAUGUGAUUGUAGCUGUCAAGAUUCAAUGGCGUGCCUUAUUGUUGUCUGUCAUGGCCAUCAUUACUGUCUUGUUUUACUGGUUAUUCUAUAUGACACAAAUUAGUAAAGUGUCUGAACUUCAAAAUGACCCAUCCCAUAUGCUCACUUGGUUAGAAUGCAUGCUUACGCCUGGUCAUUCACAAAACUACUGUGCCGAAAUCAUUGGUCCUCAUUUACCUCCAUUUUCAUUGAUGGUGGCGGCUGAGACACUGGUGAGUGCCAUUGGUAUUUGGCUGUUUAUCUUGUUUGCUAAACGGUCUUUAUGGCGUGAAUGGAAUGAUUGGAUUUAUGAAACGCGUAUUCGUUUUACGAGAUCAAGUCGAGCUGAAAAGCACGGUGAACAGUUCUUUGCUCUUUGAUUUAUACCUCUUUAUUAAAAUCACUGUAUAACGUAUAGUGUAUCUCAUAAACAAUAAGCUUCAUUUAUGUCAUGUGAUUCGGUCAUAAACAUACAACCCUCUCUUCUCUCUUUCAAAAACAUUGUGUGCUACUAUUGCGUCUACUAUCCAAAAG